CCUCCCGAAGGCCGCGCGGCCGCCGCCUCCUCCGCCUCUCCUGCUCCCGCUGCUGCUGCUGCCGCUGCUCGCUCAGCUCGUGCGUCCGACCGUCUGUCCGGCCCGGCCCGGCCCGCGCAGCCCCGGAGUGGCCCUCCUUUCGCACCCCCGCGCGUCCGCCCGGCCCGGCCCCAGCAUGAGCGGCCUCCGGGUCUACAGCACCUCGGUCACCGGUUCCCGGGAGAUCAAGUCCCAGCAGAGUGAGGUGACCCGCAUCCUGGAUGGUAAGCGGAUCCAGUACGAACUGGUGGAUAUCUCCCAGGACAACGCCCUUCGGGAGGAGAUGAGGACCCUGGCUGGGGACCCCAAGGCCAUCCCUCCCCAGAUAUGCAACGGGAACAAAUACUGUGGGGACUAUGAGCUCUUUGUGGAGGCUGUGGAACAGGACACCCUGCAGGAGUUCCUGAAGCUGGACUGACACCCCCCCAGCCCCAUAGACUGACCAACAUUCCCACUCCCAGCCACGAAGGAUCCUGGGACCAACUUCUUGACCUGUACUGUAUAUCCGGGUUCCACUUCCAGACCCCCCCCUGCCCGUACCCACAUGUGCUUGUAGUCCUGCCCCGACCUCCAGGGAUCCUCUGCCUCUUUUCCCUUUCUGACUCCUGGACCCCCAGCACUCCAUCCCCUUGCCUUACAUUCCCUGCCCAUCGGCCCUAGAAACUGGCCCAAGUAUCUGUGUCCCCCCUCCCCCAUUCCUCCGUCUGCGCCGGGUUUCCCGGGAGGGAUCCUCCCUCCUGCUGCUAUCCCUCCCAAAGGCGGCCACCUGGGGCCUGUUGGUGACCGGCCACGGCUCUUGUUCUUCCGUGGCCUCGGUUACUGAGGGGCGAUUAAAUGUUACGUUCCAUUUGGCUUGGA